AAUAAAGAAGAGGCGGCGGAGGGCGGCGGAGGGCGCUGGGAUGCGACGGAGGGACGGUGGUAGAAGGGAAGAGAGGAGAAUGUUGACUUCUGUUUGGAUGUAUAAUGGAAGGAAAUAUAGCACAGAACGUCUGUCCUAGAUCACUCGGAUGGCUUCAGCGGCAAGAUAACGAUGCGAAGCCCUGGCUCUGGAAAUUUUCUAACUGCUUUUCAACUCCUGAACAGAAUUUUCCCCUAGCUGCAAGAACGAACAAGUCCAUGGAGAGCCAGAAAGCUCCUGUAGAGUUGAAGGAGGCCCCCCCAGCUCACCACCCUCUUCUGCAGCCCUUUGCAGCCGUGCCCCUCCCCGACGUCCACUCUCUCCAGCCAAAGCAAACCCAACUCCCACCCAACCCUAAAGUAAGCUGCUGUUCUCAUGGCUCUGAUUCCUCCCCUCGGGUCCCCCAGUUGCACUUUGGUGGUGGCGGCGGCGGCAACCUCGGUGGUGGCGGCAACAGCGGCGGCGGCGGUGUCUUGAUUAACCCGGGGGCGGUCUUAAACGCUCCGGGCACUGGGACGAUCCCCUGGAAGAUAGGGUCAGAGUUGGCUUGUCCGUCCUCUUCUCCGCUCAAGAACGGCCCGGCGAGAAGCACCAUGGCCGGCGUGUGCCGGGAGAACCCCGUCCCUUCGUGCCCUCACUUUGCCUGCUGCGGGAAAUUCCACUUCCAAGCCUGUCACGGUAACCUGCACAAACUGCAUCCGUUUUCCCCCCAUCCGGGCUGCACGACUCCGGGCUUUUUCUCCUGUCCUGAAUUCAGUGGGGCGGCGGGACUCUCGGAGGAGCACCUGGCCCAGUCGGAGCACAUGCCUUGCGUUUGCACCAACUCGCUGCACCUAAAGGUCUCACCUCCCCUUUGCUUGAAGGGCUCUCACCACUGCACGGAGUGUCUGAGCAAGUCAUCCCAAGAAAAUUUAGUAGAAGCAGCCAAAAUGUGGCCGGAUAUUCCUCCUCCAAACGCCCAGGUGGCGCCCCUUUCUCUCCCACUCUGUAACGGCUGUGGAACCAAAGGAACAAGGAAAGAGAAGAGCCGCCUCUUGGCCAGCAGCUUUGGCCAGCUGACCCCCAAACACGGCUCUCCAGAAAUUGCCAUUUCGAACCAGUUACUGGAAAACCUGCCUCCCAUUGGGGUCUUCUGGGAUAUCGAGAAUUGUUCCGUGCCGUCCGGUCGUUCCGCCGUGUCGGUGGUCCAGCGCAUCCGGGAAAAGUUUUUUAAAGGCCACCGGGAGGCCGAGUUCAUCUGUGUGUGUGACAUUAGCAAGGAAAACAAGGAGGUGAUUGAAGAGCUGAACAAUUGCCAGGUGACCGUGGUGCACAUCAAUGCCACAGCCAAGAAUGCUGCAGACGACAAACUCCGGCAAAGCCUCAGGAGGUUUGCAGAUACCCAUGCCGCACCAGCCACUGUGGUGCUUGUCUCAACUGAUGUCAAUUUUGCACUGGAACUCAGCGACUUGAGGCAUCGCCAUGGUUUCCACAUCAUCCUGGUUCAUAAAAACAAAGCUUCCGAAGCACUCUUGCACCACGCCCACGAGCUCAUCCGAUUUGAAGAGUUUAUUUCAGAUUUGCCUCCAAGAUUACCCUUAAAGAAAACAGCGUGUCAUACUCUGUUAUAUGUUUACAACCUGCCCACCAACCGAGAUAGCAAAAGCAUCUGCCUGAGGCUUCGGCGUCUGUCGGACAAUUGUGGCGGGAAAGUCGUGACAGUCUCUGGCAGCAGUGCGACCCUCCGCUUCCUCAGCCAAGACAGCGCCGAGCGAGCCCAGAAGCGGAUGGAGAACGAAGAUGUCUUCGGCAACAGGAUCACCCUCUCCUUCACCCCCAAAAACCGAGAACUGGCAGAAACCAAGAACGCAGGCUCUUUCAUGGCAGAGAAAGCCAAGUCUCCCAAGAAAGCCAACCGAAACGCGAAGCUGUGCCUCAUGAGCAGAACGGCCAAUGACACGUCUUCCACCGCCAAGGCGGCGGGCUCAAAAGGCCCUCAAGGACACGGGCCCGUUCCCAAAAACACCGCUGUUAAAAGCUUACAGGAACUGUGUCGCCUCGAAUCCAAAACGGGAAGAAGCUCUGAACAUCGCCAGGACCAGCUAAAAGAGGGAGCUCCUCCAUUGCACAGCACUUCUGCCACGGCAAGCUCCGUACCUCCCCAAGCCGCCAAGAAGGCAGGAGCGGGAGAACCUGCUCACAAUAAAAACAACCCAAAGAAAGAGACGAUGGCAGCCCGGAGCGUGAACAGUUCCCCAGUGGACAAGAAAGAGAAGGAGAACGCCUUCCAAGUCAGCCUCCCUUCAGCUUUCAACCUGCUGACAGCCUCCAGGCAGCACAGUCCCAUUCUGAUCUUUCAGAGUUGUUGGUCAUCCAGGAGCGUGUCUCCAAACGUUUCGAACAGGUCUUCUCCGCUCACUUUGAACGCCACAAACUCUUCCAGCCGUCCAGACUGCCCAGAUCCGUUUGCAAAUGGAGUAGACAUUCAGAUUAGCAAUCUGGAUUACCGACUUUCCCGAAAAGAGCUGCAACAAACUUUGCAGGAUACCUUCGCUAAGCAUGGCGAGGUAAAGAAUGUAGAACUUAGUCCUCACACUGACUAUCAGUUGAAGGCUGUCGUUCAGAUGGAGAACCUUCAAGAGGCCAUCACUGCUGUCAACAGUUUGCACAGAUACAAAAUUGGUAACAAGAGGAUCCAGGUCUCCUUAGCCACAGGAGCGGCCAGCAAAUGUCUGCCACUGAUUAGUUCAGAAGCAAUAUCGAUUCUUCAGGACGCCCCAGCCUGCUGCCUCCCCCUUUCCAAAUUCACCGAAAUUUACGAGAAAAAGUUCGGACACAAGCUGAAUGCCUCGGACUUGCACAAGUUAACAGACAUCCUAGCGAUCCGCGAUCAAGGCAACGGUUGGCAGGUUUGCCUCUUACCCAGCAGCCAAGCGAGGCAGAGCCCGUUGGGGUCCUCGCAGUCUCACGAGGGUUCGUCUGCGAACUGCAGCCCCGUCAUCUUUGAGGAGCUGGAGUAUCACGAGCCUGUCUGCAAACGGCACUGCGUGAACAAAGACUUCAGCGAACACGACUUUGAUCCCGACUCCUACAAAAUCCCCUUCGUGAUUCAUUCUCUGAAGGCAUUUGCUCCUCAAGUCCAUAGCUUGUUACAGACCCAUGAGGGGACAGUACCACUACUCAGCUUCCAAGACUGUUAUGCUUCCGAAUUUAACAGUCUAGAAAUGGUUCCAGAAGGCCACGGGGGCGUCCCUCUGGAGCACCUUAUCUCCUGCGUUCCUGGUGUUAAUAUUGCUACGGCACAGAACGGCAUCAAAGUUGUAAAAUGGAUACAUAAUAAACCGCCACCUCCCACCACAGAGCCUUGGCUGCUCCGUUCAAAGAGCCCCGUGGGCAACCCACAACUCAUCCAGUUCAGUAGAGAUGUGAUUGAUCUCCUUAAAAACCAGCCCUCCUGUAUUAUGUCCGUCAGCAAGUUCAUCCCCAUGUACCAUCACCAUUUCGCCAAGCAAUGCCGCGUGUCUGAUUAUGGGUAUUCCAAGUUGAUAGAGCUGCUGGAGUCAGUGCCUCACGUCCUGCAGAUUCUCGGGAUAGGAACCAAGCGUUUGUUAACCUUAACGCACAGGGCUCAAGUCAAGCGAUUCACUCAAGACUUACUAAAGCUUGUGAAGUCCCAGGCCAGUAAGCAAGUUGUGGUCAAAGAAUUCUUACAUGCUUAUCACUGGUGUUUCUCGAAAGACUGGGACGUCACAGAAUACGGAGUGUGUGAAUUGGUGGAUCUGAUAUCCGAAAUUCCCAACACAACCAUUUCUUUGUCUCAGCAAGAUAAUGAAAUGGUCAUUUGUAUCCCGAAGAGAGAACGUACCAAGGAAGAAAUUGAAAGGACAAAGCAGUUCUGCAAAGAGGUGAUUGAUCUGCUGCGCCACCAGCCCUAUUUCCGCAUGCCAUUCAACAAAUUCAUCCCUUCCUACCACCAUCACUUUGGGCGCCAGUGCAAACUGGCUCAUUACGGAUUUACCAAACUACUUGAACUUUUUGAAGCCAUACCUGACGUCUUACAGGUCCUGGAAUGCGGCGAGGAGAAAAUCCUGACACUAACCGAGACAGAACGAGUCAAAGCUUUAGCUGCCCAGUUUGUGAAGCUGCUCCGUUCCCAGAAGGAUAAAUGCCUCCUGAUGGCAGACGUCCUUGCCGAAUACGCUAAAACGUUCGGCUACCCAUUGCGUCUCCAGGACUACGAUGUUGGCUCCGUUCCAGCUUUGAUGCAGAAACUUUGCCACGUCAUCAAGGUGGCCAAUACAGACUCUGGGAAACAGCUGCAGCUGAUCAAUAAAAAACCCCUCCGGACUCUCACUUCACACCUUCUGGUGCUUCUCAUGACGCUGGACGAAGCCACCAUGGUUUCUGUGGAGGAGCUGAAAAGGCGUUACGAGGUUGUCCAGGGGACUGUCCUUAACCCAUGUGAAUACGGCUUCAUGACCUUUAUCGAGCUUUUGAUGAGCGUGCCUUAUUUUAUCGAGGUUUUUACUGAUGGUGAUGUGGAAUAUGUGAAGCUUACAGACCUGUAUAUUUUUGCCAAGAAAGUGAGGUUGCUCCUUCAUACCUACCAUUACCAACAGAUCUUCCUCCACGAGUUCCCAACCGCCUAUAGCAAGUACACAGGAGAAGCCCUUCAACCCGAUGCCUAUGGCUUCAAUAACCUUGAGGAGCUUCUGGGGGCAAUUCCAUCGGUAGUAUGGAUAAAAGGCCACGGUCAUAAGAAGAUUGUCGUUCUGAAGAACGACAUGAAAACUCGUUUUAGCUCUCCCAGUCUUCCCCUGGCUGACGAAAGUUACGAGAACGAACUUGUCGAUGGUGAUGGACAAUCCACGAAGGCAGCAGGAGCGGACAAAUCCUUAGAUUUAAUCCUGGAGGCACCCAACCUUGUCUCCCAUCAAACCGAGGAAGAGCUGCUCUGCCUCCCCAAGGUAUCCCCCGUGGAUCUUUUAUGCGAGCCGGUCCCUUCCUGCCUUCCCUCCCCGCAGCUGAGACCAGAUCCAGUGGUUCUUGAAUCAACCGAUCUCAUCCGUUUCGAAGAGCAUUCACCAAUCCCUUCUGGUAAAGAGAUGACGAUGGGUCCUGAAGAGGAGAAGGCUGCUGGUCCUUCAGAAGCUAACAAAGAAAUCGGUCACUUUUCCGAAGCAUCUAAAGCGACCCAAAACAUCUCAGCACUUCCCUGUUCCUCAUCUGAACAGCCGGCCUGCCGAAAAGCCAUGGACAGUCCAGCUCGAAAGCAGCCGAAGAGCCGUGUGAAAUUGGCAGCCAACUUCUCGUUUGCACCCGUAACCAAGCUUUAAAUCUCGUACCCGGUGUGAAAAAGCCUCGUAUCGUUAAGACUGCACAGGAAAUAAAGUCGGCUAUAUCUUUUUAUUAUUAUUAUUUUUAAUCACUGUCUGGAGGGAGUGUAGCCACCGACCUGUUUUCUUUUGUCACUCUGACUGCCUUCCGUGCAAAUACGUUGCACACCCUUAACCGAAGUUAAGCUGGGCAGUUUCCUUUUUUAUUACUAUUACUAGAAUCUCAAAUAUUUGUUAAGAGCGAUCUAACAUUUUACCCCUUUUUUUUUUAUUCUGUCCCAUGUCGACAAAAGCAAAUGCGAGCCCCCCUUGGCAGAGAACGGAUUUUUUUUUAAAGUCUCCCGAUCCCCAAACAAGAUGUCAUACCUACACAUCACGCCUAAAUCUCUCGGGGCGUUCUACUUUUGCGAUUGUUUGUUAUCGGGGAAAUAACAACGCAGUGCAUAAUACGUUGUGCAAAAUGGGCCUCCCGAGAGGAUUUUUAAAACAGUCACUUAGGUGAGAAUAGGCGGUGUGUGUGUGUGGGGGGGUCUUUAGCUUCGUCAGGGCAAAACUUGGGAAUUGGGUUUCAUUUUUUUUUUCUUUUUUCCCGAUGACUUGUAAAUUAACUAAAAAAAAAACAACCCAACGAACUCCGAGAAGUCGGUCGAUUUGGUACCAAAAAACAAAAAACCCCUUCUUUUUUUAAAAAAAGGCCUUCUUCUGUGAUAGUUCUAGUUCCGUCGAGGAAACUUGCAGGAAAUGGUUUUUAAGCUUCCUUUUUAUAAGCGCUGCCGGUGGAUGCCGAUUUGAGGUGAAGUGUGAGAGAGGGGGGGUGGGGGGGCGGGAAACCAUUUCGGUGCCGUGCGUUUUGAAGGCGCCGUGAGAAGCCUCGGGUUGCAGCCGCUCCCUCGAAGGGGACGGGGGACGGACGGGGACCACGGAGAUUUCAAGAAAGUAAAAUAUGCAUCCGAAUGCAUAAAUCAUGGGGUCGCGGCAAAGCGACGGGAAGUUUUUAAGACGGAAAAGGCGAUGAUGCUUCCGCAGUGCCGAGAUAGGAGCAGGAGGUAGAAUGGCCAAGGUUAGGGGCCUAACCUUGUUUGCGAAACUUUUUAAACGUCUAAUAAACGGGAAGCUUAGUAUGAAUCAAGAAAGCAAUUUUUUAAAAACUCUUGUCUGGUUUUUAUUCCUCCUAAGUGCUGAAAAGCUGCUCUUGCGUGUCGUGGUCUGUUUUUUUUGUUUUUUUUUGUGCUUCCAGUUCUUAUUGGGGUAUUUUUUUGUGUGUGCGUGCGGUUGUGAUUGUUGUAGUUGUUGGCUUUUAGAUGGGCAAGCCUUCAAAGAAGAGAUUGAGUCAGUGGGAUCCUUUUGCCUUCUUUUUUAGAGAGAGAGAGAGAGAGAGACCUUAAAAACGUCUUCCAAAGGUUUAUACCCCUGCCCGGGUAAACUUGGCACUUACAAUGGGUUGUAUUUGCCAGGAGAGGAAAUUUUUUUACUGCUUGUCAAAAGGAGAAGAACCUAUUACGAGGUUUCCACUGGCCGAACGCGGAAAAUAUAUAUUUUGUAACGAUUAUAUUUUAUAAUGGACAAGGUUGGGAGAUUAAAAAAAAAACAGGCUUGGGAUUUCAUAGCCAGCAACUAAAGUGGGGAAAAAAAUACCUCCAGAUGGCUAUAGGUACUUUUAAAAAGAAAAAUAAUGGAUUUUGUUUAAAAGAGGAUUUUUAAACAAAGCCACACAUUGAACCUUUCUGAAUUAUUAUAGCCAUUACGAACGCAAAGAAACACUGGAAGUUUUUUGUAUUGAGAUUGAGAUACGGCACUGUUGGAUAGCUUUACAAUUCCUCUAGAGAGACCUCGAGUUUAUAGGAACAGAUUGUUCGAUAUAUAUAUAUUUUUUUUUUCCUUUCUCUCUAGUGGUUCCGAGUAUUUGUGAGAACCAUCUGUCUGUAGCUUUAUGUAUAACCUGCAUAAAACAAAGGCCUCGUCACUCGAUUGCGGGUCGUGCUUAACAGAACCGGUUGCGGUUCUGAGCAAGUCAUCUUUAAAAAAAAAAAAAAAAAGUGAGACCCAAGUUUUUUUGGGGGGUGAAAAAAUAAAUAAAGAAAUCAAAAGUCCAGUAGUGUUCUUUAUUUGAAAUACAGAUGUGGCCAGGUGAUCCAUAGAGAAUAAUCCCAUCGUGCAUGAAUCCAUGUGGCAUUUGGAACUAAAUCGCUGUUUGAAAGUUACACGGUGCUGUUUUCAGAUAAAUUUGAGGGUGGGUUUUUUUUUUUUUUUUUUGGUUUCUCCCGUAGCGCAAGAUUAUUUAAUGAAGGGAUUUUUUAAAAGAAAAGAAAAAGGCUUGGAAAAAAUAAUGUAACUUGACUGAUUGGAACAUGAAUUAAGGUGAUGAAAUUCUUUAACUUACACUUUGGACAUUUUGAUUUCUUUACUGUUCUGAAACAAAACAGAUCAAGGCAACUAUGCACUCUGGGUGGGUGGAAGGUGAACAAUACAGCAAAUAAACUUGUCUUAAUUUGUUCGGGGCACUUUUGUGGGUCAAGUGGUAUUUUUGUGUGUUUGGGACCAAGCAGUUGUCAAUAAAAAUUUCAAGCAAGCAAA